AUGGUUAAAAUGUUUCUAGAUUUAGUUGGGGACCACUAUAGUUUUACAUCCAACCCAAUUCAAGUACCUGACAACGAUCCACUCGAUAAUUGUUCUUCUGACUCGCAUGGCACUCAUGUUGCUGGAAUCGUUGCUGCAAAUGCCACAGGAAUAUCUCAAACUGGUUACAUACCAGCUGUGCCCUUUCUUGGUGUCGCUCCUCAGGCAACUCUCGGCGCAUGUAAUGAUGGUGCCCAAGGUGUUCAAACAGGCAUUACUCCAGCUAUUUCAUUGGGUGCAAUCGCAGUAGCUUCAGUAGACAGUUCACAAUCAGUUGGGUACUACAUAAUAGCACCUGAUGGUAAGACAAUUUCCUAUAUUCCGGGCACUGCUUUUGGCGGUUGGCAAUCCAUUACAAAUUCGACUAUCGUCGUUAACGAUCCUCAAGCCACAGUAAAUGAUGGGUGCAAUGGUCUUGCAAAAUCUGUUGUAGGCGUUGUUGUUCUGUUUAAGCGUAAUAUUGAGGAUACAUGUGGUACAGUACUUCGAUGUGACACAGCAGCAGCAGCCGGUGCAACCGGCUGUCUUGUAUACAAUAGUCUUCCAGGGACAGGAUCAUCAUCUAUUCCAAGUGGAAUCAUCACCUUAGACGAUGGUCAACUCAUUGUUGCAAUAAUAGCAGGAAAUCCCUCAGCUGUAUUUACAUUCACCAAUAUAAUUGCAAUUCCAUCAAUCGCGACUGGGGGAACACCUUCAUUUUUCACAUCGUUGGGCCCUACAGGUGAUCUUUUAUUCAAACCUCAAAUCAGCGGUAUUGGUGGCUAUGUUUAUUCAACCAUUUCAUCUUUCGCUGCCACAAAGCAAAAACAGCCAAACGCAUAUGCUGUCUACUCGGGUACAAGUAUGGCUACUCCAUAUGUUGCUGGGUAUGAAUAA